UCUAUCAUAAUCUAGUCCUGGAGAGAGCAGUGUCGCUGGAGAGUUCAUUCACCUACCUGGAAAAUAGGGAUCUUUGUUUCAGCUCAAUCUUCCCUUAGAAGUAGUCAACCACCCACGGAAACAGCAGCAAUGCCUUUCGGAAACAGCCACAACCAGCUAAAGAUGAAAUACUCGACAGAGCAGGAAUACCCAGACCUCAGCAAACACAACAACCAUAUGGCCAAAGUGCUUACUCCGGCCAUAUAUGAGAAGUUGCGCUCCAAACAGACGCCCAGUGGAUUUACGGUGGAUGAUGUCAUCCAGACCGGGAUAGAUAACCCAGGUCACCCCUUCAUUAUGACCGUGGGCUGCGUGGCUGGGGAUGAGGAGACCUAUGCGGUGUUCAAAGAGCUGCUGGACCCCGUCAUUCAGGAAAGGCACGGAGGAUACAAGCCAUCAGAUAAACACAAGACCGACCUCAACCCAAAUAACCUCAAGGGUGGUGAUGACCUAGACUCCAAUUACGUGCUGAGCUCUCGGGUCCGAACGGGCAGGAGCAUCCGCGGUUUCUGCCUGCCGCCCCACUGCAGUCGCGGAGAGAGGAGAGCUAUUGAGAAUCUCUCUGUGGAAGCUUUGGGAGCUCUGACUGGGGAUCUCAAAGGGAAAUACUACGCCCUGAAGAACAUGACAGAGGCUGAGCAGCAACAGCUCAUCGAUGACCAUUUCCUGUUUGACAAGCCUGUGUCUCCCCUGCUGUUGGCCUCAGGGAUGGGCCGUGAUUGGCCGGACGCCAGGGGCAUCUGGCACAAUGAUAACAAGACUUUUCUUGUGUGGGUGAAUGAGGAAGACCACCUCCGUGUCAUCUCCAUGCAGAAGGGUGGUAACAUGAGAGAGGUCUUCAACCGCUUCUGCACAGGUCUUACCAAGAUUGAGGAGCUGUUUAAAAACAAGAAACACCAGUUCAUGUGGAAUGAGCACUUGGGUUACAUCCUCACCUGCCCAUCCAACCUCGGUACAGGCCUACGUGCUGGAGUACAUGUCAAACUGCCCAAUCUCAGCAAGAACAACAAGUUUGAAGAUGUUCUGAAGAGACUGAGACUGCAGAAACGUGGAACAGGUGGUGUGGACACUGCUGCUGUGGGUGGUGUUUUUGACAUCUCGAACGCUGACCGGCUGGGCUUCUCUGAGGUGGAGCUAAUGCAGAUGGUAGUGGAUGGAGUCAGAUUGCUGAUUGAAAUGGAGAAACAGCUGGAGAAAGGCCAGUCCAUUGAUGACCUCAUGCCUGCCCAGAAGUAACUUCAAAUGCACUUCCACCCCCACUUCACCCAAGUUCUUCGAUCACCCUUAUCCUAUCCCAACCCACCUUUAUUAACUGACCAAACGAAUGUUUGUUGAUUUGUUCUUGGAAUACAUGUUGUAUUUAAGGUUCUUUUGGUUCUGGUAAGUUCUUGUUAAACAAAUAGAUGUCACAGGGCAACAGAUGAAUGAGCAUAUUGGAAAAUAAAAAUCGGCCAAUGUUGA